UGGCCAUCAAAAAGUCAACUCUUCGGAGAACAAACAAACUAUCAAACACUUUUUUUAUCUGUGUGAUUCAAUCUCCAAAUCUGUGAUGACGGUCAACGCAGAAAACACAGAAGUCAAAGAUUCACCAUCUUAUAUAGAGGUGAAUUGCACAAGUUCAAAUAAAAUAAGGCGGUUUUCAGCUGGAACAAAAGCUGGAUUUGCAUUGAGUUUGAUAAAUAGAAAAAUUGAGGAUGGAUUGCCAUUGGCUUUAUACAUAGAAUCUGUUAAACUAAAUGAAGAGCCUGUUAGUUUUGGCCCGAGUUCGGUUCUCGAGCAUUACGGCGACGGCUGGAAGCUGCAGACCGUUACCGAAUCAGAAGCACGAGCUACGGAAAGUAUCAGGAAAACAACCAAACAUGAAUCACCUCCACUGGGAUUGGAUGAGCUGCAUUCAAUGAAAGGACUAUUACCCUCAAAUGUUGGUGCUGGUUACAUAGCGAAAGUAGUGCUAGCUUUUGUUUUGCUUUUCCUGUUCGGGGCAAUGUUCACAUUAGCUCUUGAAAACCUUCCAAAGCUUCUUAUCUAUAUCAACUCUUCCAUGUAAUUAUAUUAAUUUAUAUUAAUCCUAGUACAUUCCUGGCUAUGAAACUCAUUUUAAUGCUA